CAGAUGUUUGUCCUAUGAAAUCUGUGGUGAGGCGUAUUGGCCAACAGUUGUUUGCAGCAUUGAGUAACAAGGGUCUCGCUAUGCUCGUUAAUCAUGGCAUCACCGAAGAGAAGCUGAAAGCAGUUUACGCGGAUUUAGACAACUUUUGCGCUCUACCUGAGGGAUGUCAAGCGCAAUACCUUUGCAAUCCGGCCAGCAAUCACGGCUACAUAAAACCGGGAAUGGAACAAUUCGAUAGCACUAAAAAGGAGCUGCGUCAUUCGUUUAACAUCACGACCCUGUCAGCAGCGGCGAUGCCAGCCCAAGAGGAAGUUCCGGAAUUCCUAAAGCACACCAUACCACUAGCGCAAGACCUUACCAAUCUCUCUCGCGUACUUCUACAGGCAUUGGCUUAUGCUUUCGGUCUUCCACCAUCAGCACUGCUAGCAUGUCACUCGGGAAUGCUGAAGAGCGAUGGUUGUAAUCCCUCUGCGAUGCGUUUGUUGUACUACCCUCCCGUGCCUCCCGAAGACGAGAGGCCCUGUUGCCAUGGUGACGGCAUCGCCUACACGCGCUGCGGGGCACACUCCGACAGCUGCACCUUCACCCUGGUCGCGCAGGACUCGGAGGGAGGACUCGAGGUCAAACUGAAUGGAAGCGAAAAAUGGCAGGCUGUGGGACAUCUGCCUGGUGCAAUUCUCGUUCAGACUGGAGAACUCUUAGCUUCGAUGACCACUAAUUUACUACCUGCUCUUAUGCACCGCGUCGUAGUCCCGUCGGGCACGUACGCCCGCGCCCGCGGCCGCCACUGCGUCGCCUUCUUCUGCCACCCCGACAAGGACGCCGCCGUGCCGGUGAUGUCGCGCGCGGCGCCCGCGCCCGCGCCGCCCGCCUUCACCCCCCACGCGCACCUCACGCUCCACCACCGCCUUCUCAACGCCGCGCAUCACAUCCAAAAGCGCUUUAAGGAAACGUACGCUUGACUAGUACGCGACGAUGGGAAGGAUACUUACAAAACCGUCGCUCGCCACCAUGCCGCUGCCGCUCCUUAAAAUGGCACCAAUACUUUUAUAGCGAGUACGUAACGAAGUUAAUCAUUAGGCAAACGACCAAUUUUGAGUUUUCUUUUCCUGCGCUGUCAAAACAAACACGUACGUAAAACGAAUAUAUGUAAGAAGACCUAAAUUAAAAUACAAUUCCUAAGUACUUACAUUUUAAAAGUGUCCUUAUAACCUCUAAAUAAACGAUAUUAAAAUAUGCAAUAUAAUUAAAAAUAUUAAAUUCGCUAAUGCUCAAAUAAGUAAUUUAAAGAUUUGUAAUAUCUAUUAUCAUUCCAGAUUUGAUAUUAUUUACUUUAUAUGUGAUGAUCAAUUUGUGAACGACUUCGUCUAUUGAGCUUAUUUUGAAUGGUAUUAUUUUAUCUUUAGUCUUUUCCUAAUUUUAAGUACCGAGCAAAUAGCGAUGUGUGAUCGCAUUUCCUGCUACUUGUGUAGUUAAAUAUACAUAAUUAUGUAUUAGAUCUUGUGUUCUUGCUUCUGCAUUUUGUUAUAUUAAGUCUUAUUUAAAAGUAUUUUUUAUUUAUUAUCGUGUUCAUUCUUCACGACUACUUAUUAUUUUAUUAAGUAAAUCGUGUGGUAGUUUUGAUAACUCAAUUUGCUACCUGUACUUAAACAGGAGUAUUAGUAAAUAUUCAAUUUCCGUUCAAGCUUAAUAAUUAAAUUAAAAGCUAACAUUGUAAAGCAUUGAUCAUCGAAAUUAAAAAAAAUACAAAGUAUUAAAUUAAACUGUACUUAAUUAUCGCCUUCAACUUACUUAGCAAUAUGGCGAAUUAUUAUUGUACUUAAAAGUAUAGUAAUUUAUUUUGAUCAGUAAAAUGUUGGCUUCUCCUACAUGUCGAAAGAGGUCUCUGCCCAAACGUGGGAUGUUACAGAUUGAAUCUUGAAAAUGUUGGUGGUUGCCAGCUUCUAAAAUAUACACUAAACUAUUUUUUUUCUCUACUAAGUAUUCAUAGAAUAAUUUAGUAAAAAGUGUUAAUAGGAUCAAUGAUUAUGACAAAAUACAACCAGUUGAACUUAGUAAAUUUUUAAGUAGCAAAAUAUAACUUAAAACUAUUGUGAAUUUAGUUUGAAAUGCUUGUGGCCGUACAUUCUUUGAAAACAAGAUCGGGGUUGCCAUCUAUGUGGUUGUAGCUUUUUGUUUCUAGGUAAAUUUUAAAUUAUUAAAAAAAAUUUAAAACGGGAUUUACACGAGAUUCUGAUGAACAAGACAUUCGUAGACAAUGUCGGAAUACCGAGCUUCGCAAAAUAAAAAUUAAAAAAAAAAUUAUAAAUAUCCCGUUUUAAAUAAUUUUAAUAAUCAAAAUAACCAUGUUAAUUUAAAAAAUUGUAAUAGUAAACUUAUUUUUCUAUCUCAGUUGCUUCAGAUUUGGAACCGAUUUAUUAAAAACAAAUAUAUGUAUAUUCUUUGCUUUGUUAUAAUCUCAUGCUUUUGUCUGGUCUUGUUUAAAUUUUAUUAUGUCAUUGAAAUAAAAUACCUGAUUACAGACAAAUGUUUUUUUUUUUGUAUCUCUUCUUAACGCUUAGCGAGCAGCGAGACGUUAUUUUGUAAUUUCAAUGAAUAGAACCGAUUUUUAAACCCCGAUGCAAAAAAAAGGUUGCCAGGUUGGUGUUACAACUUUGACGCCAAUGUACGUGUGACUUCGAUUGUAAUGCACUGGCUGAUGUGUAGUUGGUCUAUGAAAACUUUGGUUCUUCAGUUUUCAACCGUUCUUUUGUAGCUUGUACCACAUCAGAUAAAUUUUCGUUAGAAAUAAUUUGACAUCUAACGAAAACGGAAAC